AUGAGCAAAAAGCAUUCAUCAUCAUCACGCACCAAGAAAACUCAAGACAACAACAAACAUCAGCAAACAACAGGAAAAAAUACUCUUGCUGCAACAACCAGUACUUCGGAACAACAGAAUUCUCGACAAGAACAACAACAACCAUCAAAAAAGAAUAAGCAAACUUCAAAUUCUGCUUCUGCUCCAUUGGCACUCUCCACUCAGGAAGAAUCUAAACACAGAGAAAAUGUGAUCCGACUCACGAAGGACUUGGCUGCUACCGAUGAAGGAAUUAGAACAAGUGCUAUAAGUAAAUUUAUUCCCUUCUUGAAGGACGCUCCAUUCAACAAGUUAGAUUUAGAAACAAACUUUAUUGAUUUUAGAAAAUUAUGGAAGGGUGCACUGUAUGGUUUUUGGUUAUGUGAUGGUGAAUUUAAACAACACGAGAUGGGACAAUUAUUGGCCGAAUGCAUUCACAAUGUGAAGGGUACAAGUGAAAAUCCUCAUGAAUUACCAAUUGCUUUUCUGAGAGCAUUCUUUGAUGAAUUGUUUGAAACAUGGCCAAGGCUUGACAAGUACAGAAUGGACAAGUAUUUAAUGUUAGUCAGAAAGGUCAUGCAACAAGCUUUUGUUUGUUUGAAUAAGACUUUCCAUUACAAGCCCGAAGUGGUCGAAGAAUUUAUUGAUUUUAUUCUUGAGGAUGGAGUUUUUAACAAUAUGGAGCGAAAUUUGCUUUCUUCUUUGCAGAUUCAUGUUGCAGAAUUAUUCUUCUUGGAAUUGAUUCAAUAUGGCGGUCCUCAAGUGGAAGACGACAACGAUUAUCAUUUGAAUGAGGAUUCACUUUUGAAAUUCAUUGCCUUCUUUGUGAAAAAUAUGGCAGAAACCAAGAAUAAUAGUAUUAUCAAAACCUAUAAGGAAGAUAUGUUUGACUUGUUGCUUGAAUAUCAAACCACAUCAAGUACCAGUGAAGAAGUGGAAACUGAUAAAAUGGAAGAUGAGGAGGAAUCCAAUGAAGAAGAAAAUGACAACGAUGAAAAUGGAGAAGAAAAUGAUGAAGUAAUCGAAGAUGGAGACGAUGAAGAUGACGAAGAUGAUGAUUUACCUGUUGACGAAUUUGGUAAUACAAGACAUAUCGUGAAGGAUAGACCUCUUCCAAUUAACAUUGAACGAAUUGUGAAGGAGUUUGAAAAGUACAUUGCAGGAUAUGAGCAUUCUGAUGUUUGUAAGGAAUAUUAUGAAAAAUUCAAGACUAGAAUUAUCACUCUCGAUGAUUUGUAUUCAGAGUUGGAGCAAGUGGCUUCUUCAAGCAACAAUGGCACCUCAACCUCUCACAAGAAAGAUUCAAAGAAGAAGAAGAAGAACGAAACCAACCAUACGUCUCAGAAAUCACAAACAAAAGAGUCCAAUAAGAAUCAACAAGUUGACUCAACAGAAAAUCAAAAGAAAGAGACCAAAAAGCAGCAAGAGAACAAACCUACUCGUCAAAACAAAAAGCAAGUACUUAUGACUGAGGAUAACAAGAAUGACAAGAAGAAAGAACCAUCUUUGAAAAAACAUACAUCAACACAACAAGAAAAGCAAGAAAAACCGACACUCAAGAAUGAUGAACAAGGCACUCAAAAAUCACAACAAGCUAAGAUUGCCAAAAUUAAGAACAUGAAAAAGAAACUUGCUGAAAUUGCUGCUGCAAAGGAAGAAAAGAAAGUGAAAAUUGACCUUAAUAAGAACCAAGUUAAAACAUUUUCCAAGAAAGACAUCGUUCCAAGUGCGCCAGUGGAUUUAACUUUUUCACCAACCAAAGGUUUAUUGAAGAGAAAGCAGUCGAGUGAGGACUCUCCAUCAUCUUUGAACUUGUCAGAGCAAAAAGUUAAAAAGAGAAAAUAA